AUGGUACAAAUUAAAGAACACAUGAAGCGCACCUUUGCUCUGCGCCGCGAAGAGAUCGUUGCAACCUCUCCUCCUGUGACUGCGCUGAAGGAAAGAUGGCCUGGACUAUUUCAUGAAUCACAGCUCUACAGCGAGUUUCUUUGGAUAACUAAUGAAAACCUGCCCCAUCUCUUCUAUGGCUCGCUUGAUAAAUACGCACCAAAACUCAUUGAGCUUUACAAAAAGAAGAGAUCAGGUCCCUGGGGGGAAAAGAUGGAACAACUUCUGACAGUUUAUGAACAGGAGAAGAAUGACAUAAAUGUCAUUAGAACAGUAGCCCUGUCCGGCCUAAUAAUCCAUUUGAAGGAGGACUCAUCUAAUCUCUUCCGGAUAUGA